CUAUCUUUCAUAAUAGCAACAACAAAACACACUUUGGGAAAAUAUGGGGUCUCAAAUGGCCUCUAUUACUCUCACUAUUGCAUUGGCAAUAAUCUCUCUUAGCUUCCCAUCUCAAAUUUCAGCAAACAAUUACAUCUAUUCAUCUCCACCACCACCAAAGCCUUACUACUACCACUCUCCACCACCACCAGUGCACUCCCCACCUCCUCCUUACCAUUACAGUUCACCACCACCGCCACCAAAGAAGGAAUACAAAUACCCUUCUCCUCCACCACCAGUAUACAAGUACAAAUCACCUCCUCCACCGGUAUAUAAGUAUCAAUCUCCCCCACCACCAGUUUACAAGUACAAGUCACCUCCUCCCCCAGUUUACAAGUACAAAUCUCCACCCCCACCACCCAAGAAACCAUACAAGUAUUCAUCACCACCACCACCAGUUUACAAGUAUAAGUCUCCUCCUCCACCUGUUUACUCACCACCUCCACCAGUUUACAAGUAUAAAUCUCCUCCUCCACCAGUUUACUCACCACCUCCACCAUACAAGUAUUCAUCUCCACCACCUCCUCCGUACAAGUACUCAUCACCACCACCACCAGUCUACAAGUAUAAGUCACCUCCUCCUCCUUACAAGUACUCAUCUCCCCCUCCACCUCCAAAGAAACCAUACAAGUACCCAUCUCCACCACCCCCAGUUUACAAGUAUAAAUCUCCUCCUCCACCUGUCUACUCACCACCACCAAUUUACAAGUAUAAGUCACCUCCUCCACCUGUCUACUCACCACCUCCACCAGUCUACAAGUAUAAAUCACCCCCUCCACCUGUCUACUCACCACCUCCACCAGUUUACAAAUAUAAGUCACCUCCCCCACCUGUCUACUCACCACCACCACCAGUUUACAAAUAUAAGUCACCUCCCCCACCUGUCUACUCACCACCUCCACCUGUUUACAAGUAUAAGUCUCCUCCUCCACCUGUCUACUCACCACCACCACCAGUUUACAAAUAUAAGUCACCUCCCCCACCUGUCUACUCACCACCUCCACCAGUAUACAAGUAUAAGUCACCUCCCCCACCUGUCUACUCACCACCUCCACCAGUAUACAAGUAUAAGUCUCCUCCCCCACCUGUCUACUCACCACCUCCACCAGUAUACAAGUAUAAGUCCCCUCCUCCACCUGUUUCCUCACCACCUCCACCACAUUAUGUUUACUCUUCCCCUCCUCCUCCAGUCUAUUCCCCUCCUCCACCACAUUACAUUUAUUCAUCACCCCCUCCUCCUUACCACUACUAGAUAGUGGUUUACGAUAGUAUCAAAUGGAUUUGAGGAAUAUAUUGAAAUAAAGAGAUUAUAGUGCAAAGAAGGAAGAUGCAUUUCGCAAUUAUAUAGGGGAAAAAUCAAAGCACUUUGCCUCUGAAGAAGUUACUCUUUUUUUUCCUUCAUUUGUUUUGUUUUGUGAUUAUUCUCAUUAUUAGUGUGAUUGGUUUUUGAAUUAGACAGUUACAAGAACCGUGUGUUAUAUCAUGAUUGAAUGCAUUUUGUUUUGCGACCUACUUCUUUGCGAGGGGUUGCGAAAAUAAAUAAAAUUGAAUAUUUCUCCUUCUCA